CUAACAAUGCCAUCUCCACAGGUACUUGUCGCGAAAAUGCAGCCAUUCCAGUCGUCAGCCCGCCCUGAGGGCCCCAGGGAGUCCUCCCCCGAGAGGGCCAAGUCCCCUGACACCCCUACAGCACCCGUCCUCAAUUUCUCCAUCGCAAGACUCAUGGAGCCCGACAGGAAGAAAUCUGUGUCACCAGAAAUUCCACCACCUCCCGGAUUUUUAUCGUACGGAGCGCAUCUCUUGGACUCAGCGUUUAAACAGUACAUACCAGCGGCAAGGCGACAGUUAGUAUCUCAUUACCCGCUAUUGUAUUAUGGACCUGACCUAGUGUCGCUGACCUACGCCCACCAACUGCACAUGCCUCGUCCGCCACCGGUGCAGUCUCCGGUGCCGAGACCUCCUAGUCCAAGAGCUCCUGCGGCAGACCACGCCGUCUCCUCGACUACUGGCCCGACGCCGUCACCAGCGAAAAAUAAAAGCUUCGCAUGCGGUGAUUGCGGUAAAGUCUUCAACGCGCACUACAACCUGACGAGGCAUAUGCCCGUCCACACGGGGGCCAGGCCCUUCGUCUGCAAGAUCUGCGGUAAAGGCUUCCGACAGGCCUCGACAUUAUGCCGCCACAAAAUUAUACAUACAUCCGAGAAACCACACAAAUGUCUCACAUGCGGAAAGGCAUUCAACCGCUCGUCGACGCUGAACACCCACGCAAGAAUACACGCCGGCUACAAGCCCUUCGUAUGCGAGUUCUGCGGCAAGGGAUUUCAUCAGAAGGGCAAUUACAAGAAUCAUAGAUUGACGCACAGCGGUGAGAAAGCUUAUAAAUGCAAUAUAUGUAACAAAGCCUUCCACCAGAUAUACAACCUGACAUUCCAUAUGCACACACACAACGAGCGGAAGCCGUUCACUUGCAGUAUAUGCGCUAAAGGGUUCUGCAGGAAUUUCGAUCUCAAAAAGCACACGAGGAAAUUGCACAUGGGUGCUGGUAGUACUAAUAAUGAUUCUUCUCUGGACACGCAGGACGAGUCGACCCAAGAGGCGACGGCUAGUCCAGGGGAAGAGACGAGAAGAGCAGCCUUCAGACCCUUCCUCGGAACAGCCUACCCAAGAAUCCUGGACCCCACCCGGAUGACCGCCCCCAAUACAUUCUUCUCCAAACUCUUGUGACCCGAAAAUUACUUUAAAAACUAUAGCGAAUCUAACGAAUGAGAAUUGACACAGGAUUUGAAGAUCGCGUAGAUAAAUAUAUUAUAUGUUUUGUAAAUAUUAUAUUAUAAUUACGUAGUAGUUACGAAUGUUUUACUUAGAAAAAUAUAUAUUUUAAGAUUCAAUAGUUCACCGCGACAAGGUAUUACCAAUGCUUCUUUGAUCUGAACAAAAUGUACAUAACUAUAUGAACGAUUUAAAUUUUGCUGUUUCGAAAAUAAUAUGCCGCUGACGAGAUCAGUAUAAUGUAAUAAAUUAGGAUUAUGUAAAUAUGUAAUGUAUGAACUUGUGUUAUUAUUCAGAAAUAUUAAAUAUAUUUCUUGACGUAUCUUUCAAAAAUUACAAAAAAUAUACGACGAUGUAUUAAAUUCUUAUAUAGUCAUCUAUCUGUUUGACCAAAUCUUACUAUCAACUUACAAUACAACAAUGAAUCCAUACAAAACGUACUUAUUAAAAAUGCUCUAUUAUGUAUAUAAAAUAUAUUGAAAUCUUCUAAAAUAUUUACCAGAGAUUCUGUAGCCGGAUGAGAUCUUUUAGAAUAGCAUUAAAAUUAAUUAUACAUAAAAAAAAUAUCUGCUAGCGUUUAGUUCACAGUGACGGCUGGUUGAAUUAAUUUACCGUUGAAUUUUAUAUGUAAAUAAUGUUAGUUUAAAACGCAAUAUGU